AUGACACAUUUCAGUAUUUUGACAUGGGGAACUUUUGUCUUGCCGAUGAAAGUUAAAUGGGUUAGAAAUGUUGAAUUUGAUCCGAUUGUAUUUCAAUUUUACUUUUCUCUUGUGGUUGGAUUGAUGAGUUUAAUUGUUCUAGCUUGGAAUGAGUUUAAAUGGAGUUGGUGGGCUGUGGCAGGAAGUGGAAUUUGGGUUCCUUCUUCAUUGUUUUCCAUUGUGGCUGUGGAGUAUCUUGGAGCUGCUGUUGCUCAAUCAACUUGGGCCGGUUGUGUGAUUAUUACCAAUUUCAUUUGGGGUGUUACAUUGUUUCAAUCUAAAAUUGGAAAUAUUUAUUUGACUGUUUUUGGAUUGGUUAUUAUGAUUAUUGGUAUUUUUGGAACUGCCACUUGCAGUAAGUGGAAUAAUCCAGAACCUGUUGCUGAAAAACAAUCUGAAACUUCAAUCAAUGCAAGUGUUGAAGAGUCUGGACAGGAAAAUAAUACUGAAACAACACCACUUUAUCAACAAGAAAAUUCCACAAAUCAACAGGAGAAUAUUAGUAGUGAUGUUCCUAUUUAUCCUUCUGUGAAUGAUCCAACACUAUAUUCUGAAUUAUCAGAGAUUGAAUCAACAAUUGGAGUUUAUGAAACCAAAUCUCAAAAGUUUAUCAAGAUUUUGAAAAAUUCUAAACGAUAUUUCAUUGGAUUAGUAGCCUCGGUAUUAUGUGGAAUAACUGGUGGAAGUAUGUUCGUACCAUCUCGUUUAGAUGAAGAUACAGGACUUGUCUAUAUGGUCGCCUUUGGAAUUGGAUCGUUUGUCAUUACAACAGCAAUUUUAAUUGUUUACUACGUUUAUUACUUGAUUAGAUUUAAAAAGAGAGUUCCAUUCCAUCUCAAACUUUCAAUAUUUCCUGCAUUAACAGCAUUCUUGUGGCAAACUGGAAAUUUCUUUGCCUAUUAUGUUUCAGUUUCUCCACUUGGAUUGACCAUUGGUAUGCCACUUACUGAAACAGCAAUGGUCAUUACAGGAAUAUGUGGAUUAGUAUUUUUCAGAGAAUUAAGAGGAUGGAAGGCAAUUCUUCAAUUCUUUAUAAGUGUUUUGGUGCUUUUAGUGCCAGGAUGUAUUUUAUUGGCCUUGUUUGGAAAAACUACAGAAAUACCAACCAAUUAG